UUUUCGUUUUUGGGAUUCAGGAGAUCACUGUAAGAUCAAUGUAAGAAGUCAUAGUUUGAAGUUUUAGCAAGCCCAUCGAUGACAUUCCUCGAUGUCGCCAAUGGGCGAACGAUCCUAGUAAUUUUGCGCAACUUCUGAUAUUGAAAUGAAGAAGAAUAUUUUACUUUCUAGUUAAAAUGGAAUUAUUUAGAUUUUUAUACUAUUUUCAUUAAGUUGGCGCAAUUUAUAAUAUAUUCUAAUUUGUAACUAUAAUUUUUCACUCAUCAAUAUUAAUUAUUUAUAAAUAUUUUGUGGAUUACCUCGGCUUAGAUAAUCAUGUCUUCGAUUAGCAAUCUUAGAAUAGCUGUAAUUUGUUCAAGUAAUAUGAAUAGAAGUAUGGAAGCUCAUGCAUUUUUGUCAAAAAAAGGCUUUCAUGUUCAGUCAUUCGGAACUGGGGAUAAAGUUAAAAUUCCUGGCUCGGCAGCCGAUAAACCAAAUGUGUAUGAUUUUGGCACCUCCUAUGAUGAAAUUUACCAGGAUCUACUUGAGAAGGAUAAAUCAUUGUACACUCAAAAUGGAUUAUUGCAUACACUUGAUAGAAAUCGCAGGAUUAAAAGUUACCCAGAAAAAUUUCAGGAAACAAAGGAGAAAUUUGAUAUUUUAAUUACUUGUGAAGAAAGAGUCUAUGAUCAGGUUGUGGAAUUUAUGGAAAGCAAAACGCCAUCUAGUAAUUCUAUAGUACAUGUUAUUAACAUAGAUAUUCAAGACAAUUUAGAAGAAGCAACAAUAGGGGCCUUUUUAAUUAGUGACUUAUGUAUGCAGGUAUCAAAAACUGAAGAUUUAGAUAAUGACAUAGAAGAAGUUUUGCACAAUUUUGAAGAAAAAUGUCAAAGACCUGUUUUACAUAGCAUUGUAUUCAAUUAAUUUUUUAUAUAUGACUAACACGCGAAUUUUGCAAAAAUUUUACACCAAAGGGAAAGAACAUCUUUUAAAGAGUAAGGACCACAAAUUUUCAAUAUAUUAAUUUCUAAAUUAGCCUUUUAAUGAAAAAAUAGCUUCAAAACAACACCAAAUAAUUAAGUUUUAGUUUACAGUUUUGUUAAAUCUUUAUUCCUUUAUUAGGGCUAGGAGGAUCAGCUGGUCAGUUUGUCAUAUAGAUCCACAGAAAAAGGAAAAGUGAUCAUAUUUCUUUUGCUAUUUACAGUUUAUCUGAAUCGCGAAAUGUUCAGGGCCCUCUUUUUGAGAUUUUUGACCUUUAUCUGAGUUGUUAGAGUGAAAGAUUUUAUUUAUCUUGAAAUAAAUAUCGUUAAUUAAGUCAUACAGACAGGAAAAAAUAGUUUCAGUAUAAUUAAAUGUACCAACGAACAUAUGUAUUUGCAGACGGUAUGCAUUGAAUUGUAAAAAUUCUGCGAGGAUAUAGCAACUAGAAUUAAAAGUCGGCCAAUGCGUCCUGUGGAUGCGAUACCGACGUAUGUGGGAUGCAAAUCGGAGAUUGCGUCGGCAUUUUGCAAGUCUCUGCCUACAGUUCAUAAUUUUGAUAUAUAGGGGGCGGCUACUUGAACAGUCGAAAAAUCAGUUUUAAAUAAAAUUUAUUAUUGCGAGUUCAAAAUGGUAAAGAACUAUAUGAUUUAAGUAAUAGUUGUUAUACUAACUACCAAAUAAAAGAAGAAAUUUGGCUUGUUUCAUAAAUCCAUAUAUUUCAUUUGUUUUCUUAAUUUUUUAAUUUUUUUUACUGUUAGAACAAUGGCCAGCUCCUCACCGCUCAAAAACAUAUUUAUCAAUAAUAAAGAAAAUAUGUUUUAAAUUAAACACCCCGUUAAAUGUUUGUAGCGACGAUUAUAAUUUAAAUGCUUGAUUUUUCAAUUAUAUUUCCGAAACUUUAAGAAUAGUCUAAGUUAAGCAGUUUUUAAAUAAACCAACUCUGCGCUAAGUAAUAAAAAAAAAGAAAUAAUAAUAUUGAAAAGUUUCAAUAUCACUUGUCAGAAUUUUAUGUUUGUUAGGACCCUUUAGUGCUGUACUGGAAGGGAAAAAGAAAUAUUUUACAAACACUAGCAAGAGCAAUGAAGUUUUUUUCAGUCCCAUUCCAUAUCAUACUGUGAGGGAUGAUCCCGCUGUUUGGUUCUCCAGUUUGAUUAUUGUUUAAUGAAUAUUUUGCUAUUUAAAUAGUGUCAAAUAAAAGAUUUUAUGGAAGACAGAUCAAGCCCAACACACCCAACGCUCAAUUCCGAAUUUUGAUGCAUUUUGGGAAAUUUUUUAGAAAUUUCAAAUUGUAGUAGUGUAAAAAAUAUCGCGAAAUUCGUGUGAACAUGCUUAAACUAUACUUAAUGAGUAUGUUGUAUGUGAUAAUGUGAAUGUGUAAAAACCAUUGAACUUUAUAAAUAGUAAAGUAUUGUCCUAAAAAACUGAUUUUACUUUUUUAC